AAGAAUCUAAAAACCAUCUCUCCACACUCUCCCUUCAAUCCUCCUUCCUUGUUUCAACUAUCCUUUCUUUCCGAUUUAACACUAGAUUGUAAGAAAGGAAGGAAAAAAACCCUAAGGCGAAAAUGUCACUUACUAUACCAAGCAACCUCUCCAUGUUGAAGCCAAAACUUGGGGUCUCUCAAAUGACCCCAAUAAAACCAAGAUCUAUGAUUGUAUGUUCAGCGUCACAAACACCAUCAACACAAGAGAAAUCAUCAUCACCACUCCAAGCAUUCUCUGCUGCACUUGCACUCUCUUCAAUCCUCUUAUCAGCCCCGCUUCCUGCUGUUGCUGAUAUCUCUGGCCUAACCCCAUGCAAAGAUUCCAAACAAUUUGCCAAGCGUGAGAAACAGCAGAUUAAAAAGCUAGAAUCUUCUCUAAAACUUUAUGCACCAGAUAGUGCACCUGCUUUGGCUAUCAAAGCUACUGUCGAGAAGACAAAAAGAAGGUUUGACAACUAUGGGAAGCAAGGGUUGCUAUGUGGCUCAGAUGGGCUACCUCACUUGAUUGUGAGUGGUGACCAAAGGCACUGGGGUGAGUUUAUUACACCAGGGAUUUUGUUCUUGUACAUUGCUGGAUGGAUUGGAUGGGUUGGUAGGAGUUACUUGAUUGCUAUAAGUGACGAGAAGAAGCCAGCAAUGAAGGAGAUCAUCAUUGACGUGCCUUUGGCUACUGGUUUGAUCUUUAGAGGUUUUUCUUGGCCUGUUGCUGCCUACAGAGAGUUUGUCAACGGUGAUCUUGUUGUCAAGGAUGUUUAGAUGACCGCCCAGAUAUAUUUGAGGGACUGGCUAAGGAAAGGAGUGCAAGAGUGGUGCAUUGCUUGGGAUCGUGUGUUGAUGAGGAGGGGGAGGUUUCUUGUGUUUUAUUUCUGAACAUUUACUUGUAUGUAUCGAAUGCUUAUGUUGGACACUAUGAAAAUCUCAAGACAAUGUUUUUUUUUUUU